AUGUCGCUCGAAGCCACGAUGCUCGUGCUGGACAACAGCCAGCACUCGCUGAACGGCGAUUUCCCUCCGACUCGGCUGCAGGCGCAGGCGGACUCGGUGUUCCAGAUCAUGGGCGCAAAGUGCAGGGCGCACCCGGAGAAUGAGGUUGGGUUGAUGGUCAUGGCGGGCAAGGGUCCCGAAGUCCUCGUCACGCUCACCCAGGACGAAGGCAAGCUCGUCGCUGCACUGCACGGAGUCAAGUCAGCUGGAGAGGCGGACUUGGUGACGGGCAUUCAGGUGGCUCAGCUCGCACUUAAGCAUCGCCAGAACAAGAACCAGCGGCAGAGGAUUAUCGUGUUUGUCGGCAGCCCCGUCAAGGAGAGCCAGGCGUCGUUGGUCAAGCUCGGCAAGAAGCUGAAGAAGAACAACGUCGCGCUCGACAUUGUCUCGUUCGGCACUCCCGACGUCGACCUCUCGAUCCCCUCUCUCCCCUCCGCCUCCUCCUCCUCCUCCUCCUCCUCAGCGCCCGCCUCCCCCGAAACAAACGACACCAAGCUCUCCGCCCUCGUUGAAGCGACCUCCUCAUCCGACAACUCUCACUUCCUCUCCGUCGAACCGGGCCCUUACCUCCUUUCGGAGAAGAUUGCGCAGAGCGCGAUUCUGAGGCCUGAGGGAGCGGAUGAGGAGAUGGGUGGCGGUGGAGGAGGAGGCGGGGAUGAGUUUGGAGUUGACCCGAAUUUGGACCCCGAGUUGGCGAUGGCCCUCCGCAUGUCGCUCGAGGAAGAACGCGCGCGCCAAGCCGCCGCAACAGCCGCGACCUCGACCUCUGCCGCCGCCGCCCUCGAGCCCGUCCCGGAAGGCGUCUCUACGCAAAUCACGGACCCUACGCCCGCUACCGAGCCCAAGGGGGCGCAUCUCACGAGCGCACCGGAGACGACUGAUGCGGAUGUGAUGCGCUCGAGUGGGCCUUUCCGCGGGGAUGAGGAAGUGCAGAUGCAGGUUGGAGGGGAGGGGGAGCAUGCGGCGGAUGAUGCGGAGGAGGAUGAGGAUUUGAGGAGGGCGUUGGAGUUGAGUCGGGCGGGUGAGGAGGGAGGAGAUGUCGAGAUGGGAGGGUUGCCGGGGGUGGACGACACGGUCGAUGGGGAUGAGGAGGACGACAUUGCACGGGCCAUUGCGCUGUCGAUGCAGGAUGCCGCGGAGGAGGAGGGCAAGAAGGACGAGGGGAAGUAG